AAAAACGACGGAAGCUGUAGCGAAGACUGGCGAAGAUGUACCUGACGCAACACCAGUCGUCACUGACAUCUCUCCAGUCAGAUAUGAUACCAUGAAGGUCACGUGGUCAUCUAUACCAGAAGAUCAACGGAACGGUAUCAUCAGAGGCUAUAAAAUAUACUACAAAGAAUUGCUGUACCCUAGAAACAAAUGGAAAGUGUCUGUGGUUACCGGAGGUGAUGUAUCCAGUACGAUGGUGACUGGACUAAAGUCAUACACUGAGUACUGUGUUAAGAUGUCUGCCUUUACCAGUAAAGGAGAGUAUCGUGACUGRGGACGAAAACAAUGCAAAAUAGUCAAGAUUCCUUCGCUUCCUAUCAAAGUACAAGCUAAGGCCAUGAGUAUGACAGAAGUACUUUUGAAGUUCGUGAAACCAGUGCACUCGUUUCCAUCCAAUAAAGUGCAAGUGGAUUACGGAACUCUGAAAAACGAGUUGAAUAUGAAAAAAGCCUGCUAUGGUUCUUCUUGUGUGAUUGAUAACCUUGAGCCAGACACCAUGUACUACUUCAGGGUGAUUGGAUAUGUGUACCAGAGAGGAGAAACCUCAACACUCACUAAGAUAAAGACAUCAAGAGAUGAG